AUGGCGCCACCUCGCAACCUGAAGGAGGUUCAAAGGCUGACUGGAAGAAUCACGGCCCUAUCAAGGUUCAUAUCAAAAUCGGCUGACCGAAGCUUGACAUUCUUCAAGAUCUUAAGGCGAGCGACCAAAUUCCAGUGGGAUGGCAAAUGUGACAAGGCGUUCGAAGAACUCAAGCAAUAUCUUAGCUCUCUUCCCAUCCUAGCCAAGCCGGUUGUGGGGGAACCGCUUUUAAUUUAUUUGUCGUCCACCGAGCAUGCCAUCGAUUCAGCACUAAUCGUUGAGAUAGAAGGAAGUCAGCAGCCGGUGUAUUUUGUAAGCCAUAUAUUAAAAGACGCUGAGUUACGCUACACGGGGCUCGAGAAGCUUGCUUACACUCUGGUCCUCACCGCCCGAAGACUUCGGCCUUAUUUCUUGGCUCCCCCUAUAAUCGUGAUGACUAACAGCGCCUUGGGUCGAGUCCUGCUCAAUCCUGAAGCUUCCGGCCGGUUAAUCAAAUGGACCACAGAGCUCAGCGAGUUCGACAUACAAUAUCAACCUCGGUCGGCUAUCAAAGCACAGGCAUUGGCAGAUUUCAUCACAGAAGUACCAGACUCCGAGCCUGAAUCCCCCUGGAGGAUAUAUGUUGACGGCUCAGCCGCCCGACCAGGUAGUGGAAUAGGUAUCCUACUUAUAUCCCCGAGAGAAGACCGAAUGCAUUUGUCCAUUCGACUAGAAUAUCGAGCCACCAACAACGAAGCUGAAUACGAAGCUCUCAUAGCUGGUCUUCAAGCAGCUCAGCAUGUCGGGGCUACCAAGGUACUCUUACAUUCGGAUUCACAGUUGGCAGCCCAGCAACUGAACGGAACAUUCGAGAUCAACAGUGUGCGGCUCAGAUUAUAUGUGGACGCCUUUAAAAAGCUCAAGGCAAGUUUCCAGGAGGUCGUUUUUCACAAGAUACCUCGAUCAGAGAAUCAAGCGGCGGAUGAACUGGCGAAACUGGCCAGCGCGGUAACGCCGAUCGUCAUCGGUUGUCCUGUUGAGCAGGUCUCCCUAGUGGCGUACGUUGAUAGGGCAGUAGGAAUAUCACUUCCAGAAGACUGGAGGGCACCCAUCAUUAAGUUCCUCCAAUCUGGAACCUUACCAGGAGAUCGCGAAUCCGAGCAAAUUUUGAGAAGAAGAGCCGCUCGGUUCACGAUGGUAGGCGAGCAUUUGUAUAAAAAAGCCUUCUCACAUCCUCUGCUCAAGUGUGUUGGUGCCGAGGAUGCCGAAUACAUCCUUCAAGAGGUGCAUAAGGGCUCCUGCGGAGGACAUCCGGGCAGACGAUCGCUGACGAGGAAAAUCAUCCUAGCAGGGUAUUUUUGGCCAACACUUCAAAGAGAUGUGAGCCGGUUCGGCAUUCCACGUCGGCUCAUCUCGGACAACGGGCGACAAUUCGUGGGUCAGGAGCUUGAAGAAUGGUGCAAAGGCUGGGUGGAUGAGUUACCCAGUGUGUUAUGGGCGUUACGAACGACUCCCAAGGAAGGAACUGGUUUCACGCCAUUCCAUUUAGUAUACGGAGGAGAGGCGGUCGUCCCGGUGGAAGUCAGAAUAGAGUCCGAGCGGGUGCUUCGUUAUGACGGAGAAAAUGAAGGAAGGCGACAGAUGGAACUUGACAUGGUGGACGAAAUGCGCGACAAAGCAGCCGCCCGGCUAACCGCUUACAAACAAAGAAUGCGGCAGAACUAUAAUCGUCGUGUAAUCCCCAGAUCCUUCCAGGUGGGUGACCUAGUUUGGAAAAGGGUCAAGCCGGUCGGAGACGUCAAAAAACUAGAAGCCCCAUGGACGGGUCCAUUCAAGGUCAUAGAAAGGCUGUGGUCGGGGACAUACUACUUAGAAGAUGCGGAGGGAAGGAAGUUGGAUAGACCGUGGAGCGCAAAUCACCUCCAACCUUACAGAGCUGGAUGA